GCUUUGAAGUAGAACCACGGUCAGGGAAAGACUCUGGUGCUUGUGGGAGACACAGUUUAAUCCACUACAAAGAUGAAGCUGUUGCUCCUAUGUCUGGGGCUGACCCUGGUCUGUACCUACAGUGAAGGAGAAAUGGAAGUUGUGAAGAACUUUGAACCAUCAAAGAUUAUAGGGGAGUGGUUUACCAUCCUCAUAGCCACCGGCCAAAAGGAGAGGAUAGAAGAAAAUGGUACCUUGAGAAUUUUUCUGGAGUAUAUUGACGUCUUAAAGAACGCUUCCUUGUUGUUUAAAUUCCAUAGACUUGACAAUGGACAGUGUCUCGAAGUGAGUACAGCUUGUAAUAAAACAGACCAGGAUGGCAUAUAUACUGCUUCUUAUGAUGGAGAAAAUCUGGUUAGUAUAGCUGACGUAAAAUAUGAUGAAUACCUUAUCAUUCUUAUGAAGAAUAAGAACAAUUUCCAAGUCAUUCUACUCUAUGGCCGACAACCAGAUGUGAGAAAACAAAUUAAGAAAAAGUUUAUGGAGUUUUCUGACAGACAUGGAAUUGUUAAGGGAAACAUAAUUGACAUGACAAAAGUUGAAGAUCCUUGCCUUCAGGCUUGAAGUGAUGAAGAGUAAGCUCCAGUGCUGAGUGAACACAGCAUUGCUUGGGUUCCAGCUUCAUCCAUUUGUCAUCUCAAGGCAUCUUCUGAAAAGCUCUGUGAUCUGAGUUCCAUCACACACACAGACAUCAUCUUUGGAUCUUCAAGAUCUUCCUCCCUGAUCACCUAGGACAACUUAACCCAUCACAAAUCAAGGUUUUCCCUGCAUUUCUCUUGGCCAUGUCCACGACAAGUCUUCCAGAAUAAGUUCUGACUCUACCUGUUCAAUAAAUGAUCAGCCUGCA